GAUAUAGUGGGAGGACCUUAAUGGAAAGAUGGCUGACGUCCCAGAAAACGCACCAGAACACUGCCCAGGCACUUCAAGUGAACAAGCAGGAAAGUCUGCAUCAUGUGAGGGCUGCCCCAACCAGCAGCUCUGUGCCUCUGGAGCCACAAAAGCCCCUGACCCUGCUAUUGCAGAAAUAGGGGAAAAACUGUCAGUGGUCAAACACAAGAUCCUGGUUCUGUCAGGAAAAGGAGGAGUUGGGAAAAGUACCUUCAGUGCUCACCUGGCCCAUUGCCUGGCAUCUGACGGCACCAAGGAGGUUGCACUGCUAGACGUGGAUAUAUGUGGUCCAUCCAUUCCCAGGAUUAUGGGCCUGGAGGGAGAGCAGGUUCAUCAGAGCGGCUCUGGCUGGUCUCCUGUGUAUGUGGAUGACAACCUUGCAGUCAUGUCUAUCGGCUUCCUUCUCAGCAGUCCUGACGAUGCUGUGAUCUGGAGAGGGCCCAAGAAAAACGGGAUGAUCAAGCAGUUUUUACGGGACGUCGACUGGGGGGAGCUGGAUUACCUUGUCAUAGAUACUCCACCUGGCACCUCUGAUGAACACUUGUCAAUAGUGCAGUACCUCAGCUCCACCAAUGUGGAUGGAGCUGUCAUCAUCACCACGCCACAGGAGGUGUCGUUGCAGGAUGUGCGAAAGGAGAUCAGGUUCUGCCAAAAAGUGAAGCUGCCCAUCAUCGGGGUGGUGGAAAACAUGAGCGGCUUCAUGUGCCCCAAAUGCAAGAAUACAUCGCAGAUCUUUCCUCCCACCAGCGGUGGAGCUGAGAAAAUGUGUGCAGACCUAAAUCUACCUCUGUUAGGCAAAGUGCCUCUUGACCCGAGGAUCGGACGGAGCUGUGACGAGGGCAAGUCUUUCCUUAAUGAAGUGCCCGAUUCUCCGGCAGCCGAGGCCUACCGCAGGAUCGUCCAAAGUAUCCAGGACUACUGCUCCAACAGAGCCACUGAUGUGCAGAACGCAACCUGAGCCCCCAUUACAGUAGGUUGGACCCCUAAACUGAGGUGGAUCAGAAGAACAUGGAGAACAAGAGUACAUAAGAAAACAUUUAAGCGUUGAAUUUUUUGGGACUAUUCUCAGUGGCAAAGUUUUUUUACUUUCAGAAACUAUGAUGCUUGUUUACGAGGACGGUCCGACAGCACUGCGUUCUGCUUCCUCUACCCAGCAGUGAUAUAUCACUUGAAAACGCUGGAAACAACAACAAUGAAUAAAUAUUUACUGGAUGCAUUCCUGCUUUUUGAUCAAGAAUUAAACAUUGUCCCUAUCAGAUAAAUCUUUGAUGAAUUUCUUCCUAAUGGUCCCACUGAAAUGGGAAUCUUUAAAGAAAAGUCACACGCUGCUUCGGAUUUAAAAUGGCUUUUGU